GCGGCUCAAGGCUGUAGUGGCAGCUGGAAGGUGUGUUUCCUCCCCUGUGGGUUAAAAGCUGGGCACCGCGUAGAUCCCCGCCAGGCUGCUCUCCCCCCGGGCUAUUUCCCUCUGCUCUUAGGGAAGCCACUGUGCCUUUCGCUCCGCGCCCCCUGGCUUUGCGUCCCAAGGGCUCGGGUCAGCCUUUGUGGUAGGACUUCAUGUCUGUAUUUUUCCCCAUUCACUGCCCUGAUUAUCUGAGAUCAGCUGAAAUGACUGAGGUGAUGAUGAAUACUACAUCUAUGGAUGAAAUUGGGCUAAGCCCCCGCAAGGAUGGCCUAUCAUAUCAGAUUUUCCCUGACCCCUCCGACUUUGACCGUUACUGUAAACUGAAGGAUCGUUUGCCUUCUAUUGUGGUGGAGCCAACAGAGGGGGACGUAGAGAGUGGUGAGCUGAGAUGGCCACCCGAGGAAUUCCUUGUUCAGGAGGAGGAGGAGGAAGAGGAAGAGGAGAAUUGCGAAGAAGCAAAGAAAGAGAACAAAGAGCAAUAAAUGGCAUCUGAAGAAACACAAGGGACUAUGUUGUCUUGAGGGAAGAGCCAUGCCUGUUCUGAAGGUCUUUUUUCUUAAAAAAAGACAGAAGUUCAAUUUUGCACCUGCAAGAUUUUAGGUUUUUGUAUUCUCUGUAUCGAGAACUGAAGCCCUCGAUGUGACAGACUCUCCAGACCUUCUGAGGAAGGAAGUCAUGCAGAGAAAUGUUUGCUGUUCUCAAGAUCAUUAUCUUUUCUUUUUUUUAAGACUGAGAGGCAGCAGUAAAAUUCCAAGGCCCUUGGUGGAGAGUGAACAAGCAGGGCUGUUUCAUGAGUUGUGGGGAGGGUGAGAAUAAAGAGAAAUGUAAAUUGCAGCAGUGUUGAGCAAAGAACCGCCUCCGGCUACAAAAGCAUGAGAAUAGUCCUCAUCUCUCAAAUUUUCCUUUCUUAUAAACUUCUGUUUUGUGUAUUUGAGUGGAGAGGAAAUGUGACAUUUCACCACAUAAAUGGCUACUCUGGCAUGCUUGCUGGGUGAUAGGCAUAGAAGCUUUGUAGUCUUUUCCCAAGCCAGCAUCUCCUAAACUUACACAAGCAUGUGUAGGAGUAAUGGACAUCUUGCUUCAACUCUCCAACCUGUUCCCAGUCUUUGCUCAGGAGGUGUGUUCUCCUUUUGCUUUCUCUGCGUUUAAACCUUGUAAUGCUAAAUAGCCCAAUUCAGAGUUGGAAUGAUCUGCUGCUGCUCCUCCCUCUGUUCUGCAGAGUCCUUGCUUAUUGUGCAGAUGUUUAGCAUGAGGUAACAAGGAAAUUUCACAACAUCUAAAUCUUGCUCUAGAAGUGGUUAGGAUAUUUCUUUCCUACUAGUAGAGACUGGUGUGUUUACAAGACAAAACUGCAAGCUCUUACCCGCUGAAGGAGCCACCUGCCACCUUAGAUGAUUCUGGGGCUGCAAGGUUUCCCAUCUCAAACACCCUGGGUCAACAGUCUGCUCACAUCAGGCGAAGUAGAAGGGCAGGGGGUGACUGUGUGGAAUUGUUAGAUUUGGGGUUGUUUUCUUAGCAGCAGUGCUUUACCAGAGCUCUUAGACCUAGCAGUGCUGGCAGACCAAGAUGCUUGCACAAAAUCAUCCACUUAAGAUUGGAUGAAAUUGAAAAUCCCCACAUGCAACCAAGUCAGAGGAAUGUUGCCAAAACUGAAAUUAGAGGCAGUCCUAGAAGAAAUUGAUGACAUGAUAGGAUAAUUGGGGGCGAGGGGAAUGAUUCCUCUAUUCAGAAAAUAUUUUAUGGCUUUUGAGUAUUCAGGCAAGAUAUGCUUCUGAUUGUAAGAAAGUGUUACUAGGUUUUAAUAAAGGACAAGCUGGUUUCUAAGGUAUCCCAUGCAACUUGUUCAGUGCUGAACUCUGUCCUACCUGACCUUUGUCUAGAAGAGGAGCUGGUGGCAAGGCAGGCUGACUUGCUGUUUUCUUGGAAAGUAGCAAUCCAGCGACUCUCUGGAAAAGCCCUGGGGUCCUCAAAGCAUCUGAGGAGCUGGCAAGUCUAAGCAUGAAAUGCUAGCUGUUUCCAUCUUAAAACAAGUCUGGAGAUGCUAAAGGAAGAAUGACAAAUGUUAAGGCCUUAACCAGACUUCAUGAUAAACUCAGUGCAUCCCCUCUGCUUAUAACUGGUUCAGUUUAAAUCUGUUUGGACUCUUGUGUGUGUGUAUGUGUGUGUAUAUAUAUUUGUAUCUAAUACCUCAUGAGUAGUUUAAACGCUGGUGGGGGUUGGGAUUGCUUUUAACAUAUCGGCAGGAUUGUUUUAGUCUUGUCUUGCUUGUGGUUAAACUUAAUGGCAAUAACUUAUCAGCUCUGUUACUAUUUCAGACAGACCUGAGGGAUUGGAGACUGACUUUUUUGCGUUUGUUCUGACUAGUAGCAAUGUAGAAUGCAGCUUGUCUCUUCCUCCUUUUUUAGCCACAAAGAACCAGUCUCUCACUCACUCCCAGGUUUGGUGGAUGCUCUGUCAUCACUGACCCUCUCAUCAUGAUCUAGUGGCAAUAUCAUUUUUCAACUGAUGGAUCCAGUUAUGUCUGAGCAUCUGUUCCAGUCUUACUGUUUAAUGGAAUGAGCUUAUACCCCUGUAUACCAGCCAGCCUCUUUCCUUUUUAAAAAACUGUUACUGGUCUCAAACCUGUGCCACCAUGUUGAGGCUUGUUAACAGAGAGGUUGUUACGUGGGUAGCAAAAGGACAGAGAUCCUUAAACUCCAGAUUUAAAGAGAAAUGUCUGCUCAAAAGACUGGCGUAUUCCUGUCUGCAUCCUUUUUUUAAGUAUUGUGUAAUAUUUCUAUUGUCAAAUGUAUUUGAAGAACAAUGCAUUCUAGUAAAACUCCUGUUGUCUUGUCUGUACAUUCUAUUUCUGUAAUUCUUUUUUGAGCCUCAGGGAGAAGCUAGCUUUUUUUUUUUUUUCAAACUACUUUUUUGUCACUGUGACAGUUGUAAAUAAAGUUUGAAAAUGCUUUCCAA